GAAGCCUGGCAUAGUUUUGUGGGGAUUGUGGAAAAAGAUGCAACGAAGCUUGCAAGUGCUCUCCCCGGGAUGGAAAACUGGAUUACUGUCCCUGCUGAAACACAUUGUGGAUGUCUGAAUAAACCAGGAGGAGAUACGCGGGAAUUAAUGGAUUCUAAAGCCUUUUCACAAAAUGGGAACUAACUGUGCUCAUUUUCGCUGUAGUGCAAAGCUCUCUGUGGGUGUGUGUGGGAUGUUGUGUCAGGGCUAAAGCCCAUCCCUCUCCCAUGAGCCUGUGUGCCCACACACACACCUGGCGCCUCCACGCACACACCCGGCGCCCACGCACCCACAGCCGUCACUGACGCUGUGAACUGGACCCUCGGAGCCCAGCGGAGCCAAGCGGAGCGGAGUCUAGCCCAGUUGGAGUCUGAGGAUGUCAACAGAGACAGAGCUACAGCCAGCGGUCAGGCCCAGCAGCGUCAGACGGGACUCCAAGCGGAAAGGGCAGGAUCGCAGCGAGGCGGCUCUCAUCAGGCGUUUUAAGGGCGAUGGCGUCCGCUACAAGGCCAAGCUCAUCGGCCUGGACGAGGUCACUGCCGCCCGUGGAGACAAACUCUGCCAGGACUCAAUGAUGAAGCUCAAGGGAAUAGCUGCAGCAGCACGGUCUAAAGGAGAACACAAACAGAAGGUGUUUCUGACCAUUUCCUUUGGAGGGAUCAAGAUCUUUGAUGAGAAGUCAGGGGUCCUCCAACACCAUCAUGCAGUCCACGAGAUCUCCUACAUUGCCAAGGACAUCACGGACCACCGAGCCUUUGGCUACGUCUGUGGGAAGGAAGGGAACCACCGCUUUGUGGCUAUCAAGACCGCACAGUCGGCUGAGCCUGUGAUUCUGGACCUUCGGGACUUGUUCCAGCUCAUCUAUGAGAUAAAGCAGAGAGAGGAGAUGGAGAAGAAGGCCCAGAAAGACAAGCAGUGUGAGCAGGCGGUCUACCAGACAAUACUGGAGGAGGAUCUGGAGGACCCGGUCUACCAGAAUGGACAAGAAAACAACCCCCACCACCACCACUACCAUCAUCACCAACAUCAUUUCCAUGAUCAGCCACUCCAGCAAGAACAAACUGAACUACAGCAGCAGCAGGCAGUGGCGGAUCUGAUAGACUUAGGUCUGGAAAUGGUGACUCAGAAUAUCAACCAAUUAGAGAUUUUUGGAGACAUGUCCACUCCUCCUGACAUCACCUCUCCAUCGACCCCCGCUUCUCCAGCCAACACCCUCGACCCCUCGCUGGGCUUGCAGCCUCCCACAGAACUGUUUGCUCCCUUCAAUCCUGCGUCUGUGCCCUCAGGUUAUGUGACGAUGGGAGCAGUACCCCCCGGCCACUGGUCCCAGCAGGCGUUUGCUGCCCAGACACCGCUGGCCUUCGGGGUCCAGUCUCCUCUAGGCCCGGUAGCCCAGGUGCUGCCAGGCGGCCAGCCUCUCAUCUGGGGCCAGGCCAACAUCUUCCCUGCCACCCAGCAGCAGUGGGCAGCCAUGGCAGCCGGAGCCUUCCCCCCCACAGCCUACCUCCCUGCCCAACCUGUGGGCACUCUGCCUGCCGCCAUGUUCCAGACUCUCACCCCCGUCACGACUGUGACUCCCGCCGGCGAGAGCCAUUCAGGUGCUGGAGCAAGCGCUUCAGCUGCCUCCCCUUCAGCGUCGUCGAGUCCGCAGCACGGGGACAGGGCGAGAAAGAUGGGCAAAGAGAUGUUCAAGGACUUUCAGCUGGCAAAGCCUCCGGCCAUGCCGUCGAAAAAGGGUGAACAGCCCAGUUUAACAGGAACCUCAGAGGCAUUCAGCACUUACUUCAGCCGUGUGGGCACUGCCCAGGACACGGACGACUGUGACGACUUUGACAUUUCUCAAAUGAAUCUGACACCAGUCACGUCCACAACACCAUCCACCAACUCACCACCCACCCCAGCUCCCAGGCAGAGCUCUCCCUCCAAGUCCUCCGCCUCCCAUGUCAGUGACCCCCCCACUGACGCCACAGACCCCCCAACAGAUGACUCGUUUGGGGAAGCAGAGGGCAGCCCUAGUCGCAGUGGAGAGGAAGAUGCUAAGGGGAAAGACCCUCUCUACGCCCAGAUCAACAAAGGGAAGAAAUAAAGAGACACACAGGAGGACAGACCUGACCAUCGCUGAGAGAACAGGAGGAGAGCCCUCACAGCGUGUGUGUGUGUGUGUGUGUGUGUGUGUCUGUGCGUUUCUGACACAUCUCCCUGCCUGGCCAAGCCCUUCUUCAUAACCUCUUUCGGCUAACAACCUCCCAGGAGGAGCCUCCAUGCUCCCUCUGUUCUCCUACACCUCCUCCUCUUGUGCUCCUCCUCCUCCUCCUCUCUGCAGUCUGCUCUCCUCCUGAGGAGAGAGAGCUCUCUUGGUCAUUCACCCCAGACAAGAAGGGAUAUCAAUCACUGAGACGGAUUCUCCCUCCACUGAGCUGUCUUCUCCUCUCCUCCCUUCUCCCUGUGGCGACUCACACCCAGCCUUACAGACAUAACCUGCUCCUCCCCUCUCACCCUCCUUCCCUCGCUCCUCCUCUCUGUCUUCGCUCCUUACCCUCCUUCCUCUGCCUCCUGUGUGUGGCCAGAAACUGUGCUGCCAAGGAGGGACUGAAUCAAGCAGUGCCUCCCUGUCUCCGACACACACCCUCACACACUCAUCAGGAUUAGAAUGAUCAUUUUUCGUUUUAACUGACAGAAUUUGCAUCAGUACCGAGGAGAUCUCACAGGAGGAGCUAGACUCUAACGGGCCUAUCAGGGGUGGUCCGUUACUGGGAUCACUGCUUCUGAUUGGUUUGUUGGUUGGGGCGUUUUCUCCCCAUUCUUUGUGAGUGUCUGCUGGAUCACUAUGCAGAAACAGACUCUCUGGGAGCUACUCACACACCUACUACACACAAGCCGUGCACACGGCAGCCUAUAUAUGCUCACCACACACGCACACACUCAGUCAUCUCUCACUCUCUCUAACAUGCAUACACACAGUAAUUUGCCAAAUGUCUCUCCUCGCAGACAGACUCACACAGAGGCCAGAGGACCAGACAUUCUGAGGAAAGGACCCUGAGAGGGAAGUGUUGCAAGUCAAACAGAUUCUGUGAUUGAACUGUUCAUUCUCUAUAGCUUUUGUACAAUACCAAUUAAAAAAAAGAAGAGGAAAUUGAAAAAUUGAAUUUUUAUUUUAUAAGUCAAUCAAGCCGCUGGGGUCAGCUCUAUAGGAGUUAUAGAGUUAACAUGGCUUUAAGGCAUCUGAUCGUUGGUUUGCCAAACUCAUUUUGUAAAUAAUGACAACAACAACCAUUUUGUCCACCGGACUUCUGUGCCAUAAAAUAGGAAGGCUUCAGUUAUGCAAACUCUUGACGUUAACCCAAGCAAUACCAACAUUUGUUUUCUUUUUCCUGUUUUCCCACUAUGUUUUGUUGCCUUAUUUUGCCCUCUGAUUUUUUUCUUAUGCAUGGAUGUUGUAGGUCUUUGUCUUAACCUCGCUUAUUAACCCCAAUUCCAGCUCCACACAUGUCCCCUAUUUGUCUUUUAAAGUCCCACUACCUUCCAUUGUUGUGGCCCAAACAAAUUAGCUUUUGCAGUUUAUGUUACCCAAAGCCUAUGUAUGCACCACAGCCCUGUGUUUCUGUACCACAAAGCUAUAUUCCAACUCUAUGUUGCAGGCAACAGAAACACUCUCACUCACUGUAGUCCAGAAUGCUUCUUCCCUACAUUGCGUUCCCCUAGAAUGGUCUUUGAGAUACAGCGAUGCUCUGCCCAUCUGUUCGUCAGGUGCCAAACUGCUGCGUCUGUGUGUGGACCGCAGCAUCUUCUGCUACAACUACAUCAACUGUGAUGCCAAUGACUCCCUAUUUUAUGGCCAGAGUCCCCAUAUCACCUGAGAACUCUUUUGGACUACGAUGUUGAUUAACAAAAAAAAAUUGACAACUAGAAGAUGAGCAAAGAAGUUGAAUUAAAAGGGAAACGUUGCUGUUUGAGUACAUAACAUUUCUAGAUUUUAACUUUACCUCAGCUAACAGUUUCUUAAUGUAAAUUGACACAUUAUUUUUAUCUUUAUGAAUAUGACAUUCUACAGUGGGUUUUUAGAUGAUUUUUGGUUCUCUCUUGAUUUACGUAUUCCACCAUGUAUUACUGUUACAAAUAAACACAUCCCAAAUGA